CUCACCAGGACGCACCCCGCAUCCCCACUCCCCAAGAACCCCUUUCUCUUCCCAACUCUCUCACACCAUUUUAACCCCUCUCUAUCAAUCCCAAAUCUCCACCCAACCUCCAUCUGUUUCUCUCUCUCACACGCAAAAGAAAAUGGCGAAGAAAACAACAAUGGCUACCCUCUUCUCCGUUCUUGCCAUAUGGUCUUUCGCCAGCGUUCACUCUGCACACCAUGCGGCACCAGCACCAGCCGUGGACUGCUCGAACCUGGUGUUGAACAUGGCGGACUGUCUCUCCUUCGUUACCAGCGGUAGUACCGUGAAUAAGCCUGAGGGAACUUGUUGUUCUGGGUUGAAGACGGUGCUGAAAACCGACGCAGAGUGUCUCUGUGAGGCUUUCAGAAACAGUGCUCAGUUGGGCGUCACUUUGAAUGUCACCAAGGCUUUCAGUCUACCCUCUGCUUGUCAUGUCUCUGCUCCUUCUGUUAGCAACUGUGGAUUGAGUGUUGUUCCUGGUGCAGCUCCUGCUCUUGCGCCGGUGACUGUGUCUCCAGGAUCCACUGCUGCUGCUCCUACUGUUGUGGGAGCUAACGAGUUUGCUCCAGCUCCGGCCCCCGCAAGCUCAGGUGGUUCUGUGGUUGCCAUUUCUGCUAUUCUUACUCUAGUUGUUGCAUCUCUCUCUUUGUUCUGA